GCGCGUGACGCAGAUCACAUGACCCCUGUCAACAUCCAGCAUGGCUGACGCGGACAGCCAGAGGUGUGUGAGCGCUUUAUUGAACGGAAUCACGCAGAGACUCUACUACGGUAAUACCGAAAUCACGGAGGAGUUUCUGAAGAAUGAGCUGUACGCGGAGAUGACGCAGGACGAGUUCCGCGCGCUGCAUGACAAGAUGAGGUCGCUUCUGAAGUCCAUCGCGUCAGCGGACAUGGAUCAGGCGCAGCUGGAAGCGUUCCUCACUGCGCAGACGCGUAAGCAGGGCGGCAGCGGCGUGACCCCGGAGCAGGCGGCUGCUCUGGCACGCUUCUGGAAGGCCCACCGGACGCGGGUACGAGAGAGUCUGCUGGCUCAGAGUCGCUGGGAGCCCGGCCUCCGGGGCCUGAAGUGGAGGGUGGACCUGCACACGUCUGCCAGCAGGGGGCAGGUGUCCAACAGCCCCGUGGCCCUGGUGGAGCUAGAGCUCGGCCGCGCCGGAGAGAGCUCUGAGUUUGUGUGUUUGGAGUUUGAUGAGCAGAAGGUGAAUCUGGUGCUGAAGAAGAUGGCAGAACUUCAGGAGAGCAUCGACAGCGUGGUGCACCGCAGCUAGAGCGGAUCUGUCUCUUCAUGGGUGUGUGUGUGUGUGUGUGUCAGAGAGUGAGGGAAUGUGUUUGUUUUAUAUGCUGUAUUGUCAUAAAGUUAUAUUCCUCAUAAAUAAUCAUUGUCAAACCUCAAA